AUGGGUAUCCUUUGGUCUCGCCUGUUUGGAAAAGAAGAAUUGAAACUGGUAAUUCUAGGACUCGAUAAUGCUGGAAAAAGUACAAUUCUAUACAAGAUUACUAUGGGUGAAGUAGUUGCUACUGCACCUACAGUAGGGGCGAAUCAGGAACUCUUUGAAUAUAAAAACUUGAAAAUUCGAAUGUGGGAUCUGGGCGGACAAUCGAGUCUCCGGUCAACUUGGUCAUCUUAUUAUGGGAAAUCAAAGGCGUUGAUCAUGGUUGUAGAUUCAACAGAUCGAGAAAGGCUUUCACUAGCGAAAGAUGAACUACAUCGGGUAGCGACGGAUGCAGCUCUUACCCCUGAAUCAGGAGCAGCACCGGCAUGCCUUUUGAUCAUGGCUAACAAACAAGAUGUAAAAGGAUGUAUGACUCCUGCCCAGGUAUCAGAAGGUCUCGCCCUCACUGAAUUGCGUGAUCGGCAAUGGCAAAUUGUUGCAUGCUCGGCCCUCACAGGAAAGGGUUUAAUGGAAGGCAUGGAUUGGAUUGCGUGAAACUUAAAACCUGAAACAGGUUUCCCAAUCUCGAAGCACAAAUCAAUCCUUUCAAUCCACUAUCUUCACCUUCUCAUCCGCUCUGGGACAUCCACGACUAGAUUCCGAUUAGGUUUUGGAGAUCAUAUGGACUUGCAUUACUUUCUUCAUCAAUGUGUUCAAGUUUCCUUUUGCUUUCCUUUGACUGUUUUUCGGGUAUCAGAAAUCGAUAUUUGUGGUUUUCUAGGAGUUUCAUUGGUGGGCUAAUUUUGCAAUCAGAUGUAAUAUCAGCGGCUAUAUGUGAAUGUCGUCAUUUGGGCAACGACGUGCUGGUAAUGAUCACCUCCCCUGCCUCGUGAACCACCCACAUUGCGGACGCCAGGUUAUGGCACAAUCGUUAUCUUCCACAUUGCUAGGGUGCUCUU